AUCAGGUCCAUCUUAUAAAAACCCGAAGUGACCCCUGGAAGACGUCCUAGCCGGAAUCUGACCAUCCACUUGAGCUUUUCCCACAACGACAUCGGUGCCGCCGACAAUCCAUCCACGUCAAGUAACCGCCUGUUUCCUCAAGUCGAACGAACGCCUGUCUAGAAACUCAAAACAACGCCCAAGAUGACUCGAUCACCAUCUGCAGACGCAAAGGCAUCCAAGCGCAAGGGCACCAGGAGUGUCUCUACCCUGACACCUUCCCAGCUCGCUCGGAAGCGUGCCAACGAUCGAGAGGCACAGCGCGCCAUCCGCGCCCGGACGAAGGAGCAUAUCGACAGGCUCGAGCGGGACUUGGAAGAGCUCCGGAACAGGUACAGCCGAGAUGAGACGGUCCAGGAUCUCCUCAGGAGGAACAAGGCCCUGGAGAGCGAGCUCACGAGCCUACGCGAGAGCCUUGGACUUCAAACCAGCCGCUCAGUACCCCAGACACCUGCCUACGAACACUGCCUAUCGCCCUCGGCUUCUGGCAUGUCCAGUCGAACAUCCUCGUUUGGCCAGAGCUCGGCCGAGUACAGCUCAGUACCGCACUUUGGCUCGCCUUACGUACCAGCCCCAGAUCCACGAGAAUCCUGGGGCUCGACUCUUCCGUGUUCCAUGCCGUCGGUCCUCUCGAGCCCAGCAUCAUCGCUAGGCAACGGCGACGACUACAUGGGCGGCUACAUCCCGACGAGUGUCCCAAGCCACAUGAUGGAGCGUGGACUUCUGCCCCAGCCAGCACUACAAUGCUUGGACAACAUCAAAAUCGAGUACGAGGAUAUGGAAAGCGACGGCGGGUUCUCUCACCACAGCGGCCAUCAUACGCCAGCUUCCUACAUGUCCCACCAUCACUGGCCACUCGGCGGGGUCUACUAUCCGCAAUCCCCUGGCCUGUGAGCGGCACCGAAGAGGCUGCGGUACACCACAUUUGAGUACCAGACGACGAGCUGUGCCAGUGCCGCACCCCGGCGUCGACGACGGAAGGGUGCAAAGACAAAGUAUCCGCACAGCCGGCGUCGCAAUAUCUCUUUCGAUUCUUUUUACGUAUUUCUUGUGCUAUAAAC